AUGCCGCUAGUUUUCAACCAGGAAGCUAUCAAUGGAAUCCUCUUCACUCUUCAUUUCCAAAAGGACUCCCCAAUCGUUGCUCAUCAAAAAUUGAUGGAAAUAACCGGGAAAAACGUGAUGAAUUUGAAUCAAAUCACCGAGUUCUUUAAGAAAAUCGAUAAUGGAGAGUUUCAAUUGAAGAAGGAAGUCAAGGAGGUGACCUUGGUUCACGUUCUUAAUAUUCCAGAGUUUGAUGGAAGAUACUUAAAUAUUGAUGCGAGACUCCGCCUCCGAAAAACCUGCAAAACCAUUCGAGAAGCCCUCAGUGAAAAGUCGCUGAACAUCGACUAUUUCUUCUACAGAUCCAAUAGAACGUAUAUCGGCAUUUCUACAAAUGACAAUUUCUACGUCAUAUACAAAAUCAUUGAAGGAGGACUGAGUGUGAUGAACGAGGAUAGCGAGAAAUUCUUCAAUAUGAAUGAGGAAGAGCAGAUUGAGAUGAUUCAAUUGGAUUUGACGUCAAUUCUUGGUCAUGAGAAGCUGAGAAUUGACAGUUUUAUAAUUGAACACAGCCGGAGAACUGAGGAACUUCCUAUUGGAAUGAAAGCACUACAAAACACCUUCGACCAAGUGCCCAAUAAACUAAAAGUCCGGAAUUUGGAGUACGUUGUUGAAGAAAAUCGUGAAGUUUUCCUGGACACAUUGAAGACGAUGGACCCAAAGCAUCUCAAAUCCCUUAAACUUUGGAUCAAACUAGGUCUUGAUAAUUGGGUCCCAAGAUGGGAUGAACUGAAUAAUGUGGAACAAUGGAAACAUUUGAAAUCAUUAUAUGUUGAUUAUUGGGGACUGGAUGUACUGGACGUUAUCAGAUUCUUCACUCAUUUAGAGAAUGCUCAUUUGAAAAUUGAGAGUUUUUACGAUUGCUUGGAAGGCAUCCCUUUACAUGAUUUACUAAUGCGGUUUAAAGAUAAACUACUUCAAAACCACAAUUUGAAACAGUUUAAAGUACGUGCAGAGAGACAGAUUCGGAAUUCGCAUUUUGAAAUAGUAAACGCGACUUUUCAACAAUACAACACCAACAAUGCUCCGUAUCCGUGCUGGGUUAGCAUUCCAUACCCGAAUUCUGAUAAGAAAUUGGAAAUGUUGGUGGAGAGGAAGAUGAUAUGGUUCAAGGGACCGUGUUAUGUGGAGGGUGAGUGGGAAGAAGAGAUCGACCAUGAUGAUGAUGAGGAGGAGGACGAAGAUGAAGAAGAUGAUGAUUAA